AUGCCUGAAAUUGGGAUCCACCUGUGGCUGGACAGGAGGAACUUUGUACUCAGAGGGUUUAAGCGCCUGGACUUUGUCUACCUCAACGCCGGGAUCAUGCCCAACCCGCACGUGAACUUCAAGGCCCUGUGGCAAGGCCUGCGCACCGGGAGGCUGCUUCACAUGCUGACCACAGCAGAAGGUGUAAUGACCCAGACAGACAGGCUGAAUGGAGAUGGACUGCAGGAGGUGUUUGCUACCAACCUCUUUGGACACUUUAUCCUGGUUCGUCAGCUUCAAUCUCUACUCUGCGGUAAUGAAAAGCCCUCACGACUCAUCUGGACCUCUUCUAGCAAUGCCAGGGAGUCUGCCUUCAGCCUCUCUGACUAUCAGCAUGCCAAGGGGCAGGAAUCAUACAGUUCUUCCAAAUAUGCUACUGACCUGACAAGUGUGGUUUUGAACAGGAAAUUUAAUCAGCAGGGUCUGUAUUCCAGUGUUGUUUGUCCUGGUCUCGUAAUGUCUAACAUGACUUAUGGAAUUUUGCCAGUUUUUCUAUGGAAGCUGCUAAUGCCCAUCAUGUGGUUGAUCCGCUUUUUUGCCAAGACUUACACUCUGACACCACAUAAUGGAGCAGAAGCUCAUGUGUGGCUGUUCAAACAGAAGCCAGAGUACCUGGAUGCACUUGUCAAAUACCACAGCUGUACAUCUGGACUGGGGAAGAGCUAUGUGGAGCCCAGAAAGAUGGAUGUGGAUGAAGAAACUGCUGAGAAAUUGUACCAAAAGCUGCUGGAACUGGAGAAGCAGACUCUAGAGAAAUACAGUGAUCUCCUAGAUUAAGUAAAGCCAGUUGCAGUGGGAUUAGUCUUUUAUCAGUAAUAUGGGCUUUUUUCAUUCUGGUGCUACUUGGGAUGCCUGCCAUUCU